AUGACGUGUCAGUCUAUAUGGCAAUCGACACGUGUCAGCAAUAAAUGCCGGCAGUGGUCGGGCGAGGACAAGGCACAGCACGGUGACCGCCUGAGACCGAGACGGCUGAACGAGGACAGUAGCGUCUCCGUUGUCAUGUCGAACCCCUUUGCGGAUCCCCAGCGUGGACAGGCCCAGGCGUUGGACUCGAAUCCGUUUGAAGAUCCCGACGACGAGCGAGGCUACGACCGCGCAGACGGUGAGGACGACAAGCAGACACUCGACGAGGCAUCGACCUAUGACCUGCCUUACAGUGCAGGCACGCAGACGAGACCUUCGGGCAGUGAUACUGCGCGUCGGCUGGAAGAGAUCAAGCGUAGAGAGGCAGAGCUGGCCGAACGGGAGUCUCAUCUGGAGCAACGGCAAGAGCACAUAAGGAUACACGGGCGCAACAACUGGCCCUUCUUCUAUCCUCUCAUCUUUCACGACAUAGAUCAGGAGAUCCCAAAGGAGUCUCGAGCGACUGUACUGACGAUGUAUCGGAUCUGGCUCCUUCUCCUCGUCGUCCUCGUUCUCAACCUGGUCGGGUGCAUCUUGCUGCUCGUAGCAGGCCAGCCAGACGGUAUACACGAUCUCAUAGGCGCCAUAACCUACAUCAUCUUCAUCCCGCCACUGUCCUUCCUGCUGUGGUAUCGCGUUCUGUACAACGCGCUCCAGAAGGAAUUGUCUGUCUACUAUUACGUCUUCUUCUUCUUUGGCGGCUGGCAUGCGCUGUUCAGCAUCUACAUGCUGCUGGGCAUCAGAAGCACGGGAUCGGCAGGUCUGCUGAACACCAUUCUUGCAUUGACAGACGUCAAGAUCGUCAGCGGCAUAUUCGGCGUCCUGGCCACAGCAGGCUGGGCGCUCGAGACAGGCGGAAUCGUCUUCGAGUACCUGCGUAUCCUGAAGCACCAUCGCACAAAAGGCCAUUCGAUCGACGCUGCCCGAGCAGAGAUAGCCGUGCAUGGCUUCCGGCGCUACUUCACUCGAGGUUGA